GAGAGGCAGAGAAGAGGUAAGAGGAUAGGCGAACAGAGGAGAAAGAAGAGGAAGCGACUCCACCGCGUAGGGAGGAAGGAUGCGACGGUUAGCAUGACGUCAGCGGAAGGAGACGGCGGCGUUGUUCAUGGAGUUCGUGUUUUGAGGGUCCCACAGGCAAGCUUUGACACAUGA